AUGUCCUCUCGUGCGAUCCGAAAGCUCCUGCGGGAGCAAGAACUGCAAAAAGCCGAGCAGCAAAAUGAGUCAAGCGACGAAGAUACCCCGCGCCCCGCGAAACCCAAGUUCAACGCGUUCGAUCUUCUGAAUACCGGCGAUGAUGACAAUGACGACAAUGACGAGCCGGAGGAGGAGGUUGAAGAGCCAGUGAUUCAAGUCUCGGAGCCUGAGCCUGAGCCAACAAAACCAAAGAGUGCAAGCAAGAAAAAGAAGAAGAAGAAGGCCAAGAAGGCCCCAGUAGAGCCGACACAGGAUGAAGGCAAGAAUGGCGCCGAACUAGAUGAAAUUGACCAGGCCUUGAAAGAUCUAGCUGUUCAAGGACAUUCAGUCGGGUCUCAUCCAUCGGCUGCUCUUGCCUCCAACCCAAAUGCAUCCUUCCCAAAAACCACCGACGAACUACUGUCGAUCGAGUCCAAGUUCCUCAACCCAACAAACGAGAUGCGCAAGCUGUUUGGAAAUGUGGCGUUGGAAAACUUUGAUGAGGAUGCAGGCGCGGGCCGCCGUCGGGAUCGUAAUCGAGAUGAAACCGUCGAUCUGGGCCGCGCUUUGACAGGCCGAUACAGUCCAGCCAGCAAAGGUCAGAGUCUUGGAGGUGUCACCUUGCGACGAAAUGUUCUUAUGCAAGGAAAGGAUGAAUGGCCUCGGGCUCCCAGUGGAGGUCUUGGCAUGGAGAUGGUGGAAAAACUCUCUUCGGGUGCCAUACGUUAUAAGAUCCUACGUAAUGCGGCGUACAUGGACGUGCAACAUCAGUUUGAGCUAUGUGUUGAGUCCAUGGAUCCCCAGAGACUGAUCCACCAUCUUCAAUACAACCCUUAUCAUAUUUCCACUCUUCUCCAAGUGUCUGAGAUUGCCAAGCAUCAAAGCGACCAUGCUGUCUCUGCCGAUCUUUUAGAAAGAGCACUGUUCAAUAUUGGUCGCUCGGCCCACUCAUCAUUUGGUAGCCGGCUUAAGGAAGGGCAAGCCCGACUUGACUUUUUGCAUGCGGAGAAUCGUGAGUUGUGGCUUUUGGGAUGGAGAUACAUUGCGAAUCUAGGAAUGAAGGGAACAUGGCGAACGGCGUACGAAUGGGCCAAGCUACUUCUUAGCUUGGAUGAUUCGGAUCCCUAUUGCAUGAAGUUGAUGAUUGACUCUCUCGCUUUACGUGGUCGGGAGUAUGCACAAUUCGUGGAGCUAUGCACCAAGACUCGCUUCCGUCGUGAUUGGGCCGACCUUCCUAACAUUCAGUGCUCAUUGGUGAUGGCAUAUAUUCGUUUGAAGAAGCCUCAGGAAUGUCGUCAGCAGCUUCACCACGCCAUGUCUCGCUUCCCAUGGAUCUUUAACCGGCUGGCUCAAGAGCUGGAUCUUCGACAGAUCCCUAAGCAAAUUUGGGGCAAAAUGCCUCCCAUUGGAUCCCAUGAGCUUCUCGCGGAACUAUACAUUGUUCGUUGCAAGGAUCUUUGGAACACCCCUGAGGCAAUAUCCCUUAUCAUGGAAGUUGCCGAUACUCUUUCUGGAGAACCAGAGCCCAUCGAGCCCCCCGAGAUCACCUUGGAUAUUGCCCGUCAUGUAAUCUUGUCGGACACUCCCAGCGUCACCACCCAUCUGCCCAACCGCUUCGUGUCUGGUCGACUCUCUGCUUCGGAUCCUCUACCUCCGUAUGAGUCAGAAGCCUUCCGUGAACAGUCCGACUCUGUUCCUUCCUAUAUCUCACGAAUCCCCGAGGGUGGACGGCCACAAUGGCUCCGUGAUAUUAUGAACCAGAUGCAAAAUGGCGCUGGUGUCCAGUUUCCCGGACUCCAGGCAGGUGAAGAUGUCGAAGAUGAUGGCGCUGAAGAUGGCGCCACCGAUCACGCUGCAGGUACUCGGCCACGUGGGCUGGCGGGGGAUCAACAGGUUCUCGAGCAGUGGCUCUUACAAGAUGGUUUAGAGUCCCUACAGAUGUUCCUGGUCCAACAUGGCGUGGACCGGGGCAACUGGGGUGAUGUGAUGGAUUAUGCGCCAUUGACGGAUUAUUUAGAAGCUUUGUCAGAAAUUCAACCAGAAGAGUCUCGACAGCGGCUGCUGCAUGGCGCCAUUCAGGAAAUCAUUGGAGAUUUCGCUGUCACCAUGCUCGAGGAUGAACUCGAGAUGAUGCAAGAGGAGAUCUCCAAUCCAAGCGAUUUGGAUUGA